CUUCUUCUUGAAAGAACCGAUCUCUGAACUUGUUCCGAAUUACUCAGCCGAUCAGAAAGAGAAUCGAAGGAGAUUAUUUUCUUUCUUUCUUUCGCAUUGACGUUGAUCACUUUUACUCUUUCAUCUUCGACUUGUUGGAGAAUUCUCGUGUUCAGUGCGAACGGUAUCUGAAUUUGAUUAAUGUAGCUUCGGAUGAUUAUAUAUGACGAAGGAUUUAUAUAAUUCACUCACUUAGUUUGAAUUUUUGUAUGGAGUUAGUUUGAUAUCAAAUUAGGGUUGUUAAUGAUCAAUGCUUGCGCGGCGUUGUCGGAGAAGAUUACUGUCAACGAGAGACGAUGAAUAUUGAUGCGUCUAAUCUUAAGAGUCGUUGUAACGCCAACGAAAUUAGCUUCUUAGAUGAUGAUGAUGAUGAUCACAUUGACGCAUCUUUCGUCAAGUCGAAGAAACGGAAGUCAGAGGCUAACGAUCAAGUUGUGAAUUCAUGUUGCACAGAUGAACGUCGCUCUUCUCGGUUGAAGUCUUUUCGAGGUCGUCUUCGUACAUCUCCCUCAAGAUUCUCUGAGCCAAAAGUUUCUUCUUCUGCUGGGUCACUUUCAUUGAAACAACAGUCUCUUAGUGUGCUCAACAAGAGAGUUGACGAGGGUGAAGUUACAUGUAGUGGAUUGAAUGCCCAUUCUAGUUCACAUAGUAUUGUAACAUCAGCUCGUGAUAGUACUAGUUCUCCAUUGUUGAAAGAGAAGGCUGGAAAUGACCAUCAUGGUCUAACAGACUUCCUUUUAGGCGAUAUCGUAUGGGCAAAGUCAGGGAAGAAAUACCCAGCUUGGCCAGCCAUUGUUAUAGAUCCAAUUUCGGAAGCUCCUGACGUCGUCCGAAGGGCUUGUGUUCCUAAUACUGUAUGCGUGAUGUAUUUUGGGUAUUCCAAGAACAGUAAGCGCAGGGACUAUGCAUGGGUGAAGGAUGGGAUGAUUUUCCCUUUCUCGGAGUAUUUUGACAGAUUUCAGGGACAAACUAAGUUGUAUGGCAGCAAGAUAAGUGAUUUUCGGAUGGCAAUAGAAGAAGCAGUUUUAUCUGAAAAUGGUCUUUCUGGAACAUGUCUGGAGAAUGGCCAGGAUGCUUCUUCUAUGCCUGAUCAAAAUGAGGAUGUAAGUAACAAGGACACACAACCUUGUUACAGUUGUGGUUUGUUUGUUGCAUGUAAAGCUACAAAGAAGAGGAAAAGUCCUGGUGGUGAAGCCCAGCGUCUAUGUGAACAUUGCACUAAGUUAUUGAAGUCAAAUCAAUAUUGUGGUGUGUGCAAAAAGAUUUGGCAUCUUUCAGAUGGUGGGGACUGGAUAUGCUGUGAUAGUUGCAAAAUUUGGGUGCAUGCUGAGUGUGCCAAAUUUACCUCAGAACAUUUCAAGGAUCUGCGGAACAUUGCCUAUUACUGUCCUGAAUGUAAAGGACAAAAUAGUUCACAACUACCUAUUAUGCAAAAGCAGAGUUCCAGAUCUACAAGAGAUAAUGCACGGUCUGUUCUGCCUGACAAGAUAUCUGUUGUCUGCUCUGGCAUGGAAGGGAUUUACUAUCCUAGUCUUCAUUUAGUGGAAUGCAAAUGCGAUUCUUGUGGAACAAAGAAACAAACACUCAAUGAAUGGGAGCGACAUACUGGCUCCAGAGCAAAAAAGUGGAAGGUCAGCAUUAAAGUUAAGGACACGCUGUUACCACUAGAAAAAUGGCUUGUGGAGUACAAUGCUAAUGGAUUUAACCCAGUUACGUUGGACAAGCAGCAAUUGCUAUCUUUUUUACAAGAGAAGUAUGAACCUGUUUAUGCUAAGUGGACCACUGAAAGGUGUGCUGUGUGCAGAUGGGUUGAGGACUGGGAUUAUAACAAAAUCAUAAUUUGCAACAGGUGUCAAAUAGCAGUGCAUCAAGAAUGCUAUGGUGCUAAGAAUGUUACAGACUUUACUUCAUGGGUCUGCAAAACAUGUGAAACUCCAGAUAUUGAAAGGGAAUGUUGCCUCUGUCCUGUGAAAGGUGGUGCUCUAAAGCCAACUGAUGUUGACCAAUUGUGGGUUCAUGUUACAUGUGCAUGGUUCAGACCCGAGGUUGCAUUUUUAGAUGCUGAACGUAUGGAACCAGCUGUCGGGCUACUGAGAGUUCCAUCUUAUUCUUUUGUGAAGGUCUGUGUGAUAUGCGAGCAAAUUCAUGGGUCCUGCACACAAUGUUUCAAAUGCGCCACUUAUUUUCAUGCUCUAUGUGCACUAAGAGCUGGAUAUAGAAUGGAGUUGCAUUACACGGAGAAGGAUGACAGACAAACAACUAAAUGGAUAUCUUAUUGUGCAGUUCACAGGGUUCCGGACUCAGACAAUGUACUUGUUAUCCAGACUCCAUCUGGGGUUUUCUCUGCUGGAAGUAUGGCGCAGAACCGGAAUAAUGAACAAUAUUUGAGGGGAAGAAGGCUAAUUUCAUCAAGGUCAGAUAUUCCAAGUCUCCCAUCUGGUGAAGCUGAUCAGUCUGAACCAAUAGGUGCUGCAAGAUGUCAAAUAUACAGAAGGUCAACAAAUAAGAAGGAUGGAAAGGAGGCAGUAUGCCAUCGGCUAAUGGGGCCCAGACGCCAUUCGUUGGAUGAUAUUGACAGUUUAAACAAUUUUGGGGAAGAUGAGGGUCUAAAAACUUUUGUUACAGUGAAGGAACGCCUGAAGCACCUAAGGAGAACUGAAAAGCUUCGGAUAUGUUUUGGAAAAUCCGGUAUCCAUGGAUGGGGCCUCUUUGCACGUAGAGCUAUUCGAGAGGGAGAAAUGGUUUUCGAUUAUGUAGGUGAACAGGUGAGAUGUAAUGUUGCAGACUUGAGGGAGUCACAUUACCGUCUAGAAGGGAAAGAUUGUUAUCUUUUCAAGAUCAAUGAGGAUGUUGUGAUUGAUGCUACAAGAAAGGGAAACAUUGCUCGCUUAAUCAAUCAUUCUUGCAUGCCGAAUUGCUAUGCAAGGAUCAUGAGUGUAGGUGAUGAAGAAAACCUGAUUGUUCUUAUCGCGAAAUGUGAUAUAGCUGCAGGAGUUGAGUUAACGUAUGAUUAUUUGUUUGAUCCCGAUGAAAAAGAUGAAUACAAAGUUCCCUGUCUUUGCGGCUCUUCUAACUGUCGGAAAUUCAUGAAUUAGGUAGUUUUCUUUUAAUACGAGUAGUACCAGUGUAUAUAUAAGAAAAACUCAUUCCUUUGAUUUCUUGUUUUUUAUUUUUUUUAAAAAUUGAACAUUUUUUAUAUACACAUUUUCUUUUUAUCUUCUAGACAG